GCCAAGUCCUUGGCUGCCAGCAGGAUUCACCUAUUCGCCCGCUGCCACGAGUUUGAUGGGCUUGUAGCGCUGCGGGCGACUUGGUGUAUAAUAAUAUCCGCUGUCGAGCCAGAAGGGGUCAACUCGGGAGACGAGCGAGCGCUCAAAUCCAAUCCCGACCUAGACCAGCUCUGCGGGGGCUACGCGCCGCGGCGACGCGAGGACUCUCGCGACCCGUGGCGCAGCCAGCGGAAAGCAAAAGAAGUACACCGCAGCCCGUAACCGCGACCUUUGCGGCCGCACCGCGCCGACCGCCGCCGCGUUAAUCCUAGGAAAAGGGCAGAAACCAUGCCGGACGUAGCGAUGACCGACCGCCCGCCGCCGGCGCCGCCGUCGGAAUCGCCGUUACAAGAACGGUUGCGAAUAUUAAGAGAAUCCACGGGCAGCGCCACCCUCACGCCGAACGCCGAGACGUACGUCAAAAGAGCCGCCGAAUUGGUCCACAACGAGGAGGGCCCCGUCGGCCAGCGCCAUACGAUCGCCGGCUGCGCCCUGCGGUGCGCCCUCCAGGAGUGCGAGGCGGCCAUGCGGACCGGCGGGGGCGCCAGUGCAAAAGACUCCAUCCGAUUACUACGCUUCGCGGAAGAACUAAGACAAGCGAUCCGCGAGUGCGACGAGGCCGCGUCGUAUGCGGGAGUCGUAGAUACUCCCACCGUGGACAUGGACGAGGCCGACGACCGGCCGGUGCGCGGCUGCGGGGCCUUCUGGGACUUCUCGGAGUUCUGCGGCGGGUUGGACUGCCUCGGGUAUGGGCGGGAGUCCGAGAGCUCGUCCAUUGAUAGCGCCUCACCGAUAACGAACAAGCACGAGCCCCAGCGGAUGGGGUCGGAAGAGACGUUGCAGCUGGACGGCCACUUCCUCGCGCGAGGCGCGGAGCAUUGUAAGCUCGCCGCCGAGGCGUCACUGACGCCAGGGGCGCGCCAAUUGCUAGAAAACACGGCCACGGAGCUGUUGGCGGCGGCCGAGGAGGCCGCUUCUCGCAGGGAUCGAGGAGCCGCCGCGAGGCAAUUCCAGAGAGCUGCUCUGCAUCUGGAGAUUGUGCGGUUACUAGGCGGCAAACCUCUCGCGCCCGCUCUCGAGGCUUCUAGGAGGUACGCGCGCUGGCGGGCUCGUAGAUUGUCGCACCUACUAGAGAACUGCGUGCUAGAGCACUCGCCAGAAGAUCCUCGCACGUUCGACGCUGCCUAUUCAUUAACCGGAGAAAUCCUGGGACGGGGCGGUUAUGGGGUCGUGUUAGGAUGUACCCGUAGAGCGGACCAGGAGGCCUUCGCCUGUAAACGACUAGACUUGAAAAGAUUGUCGGCCAAAGGCCUCGCGCGGUUACAUGAAGAAAUCGCCGCGCUCAAAGCUCUAGAUCAUCCCCACAUUGUGCGAUUACGAGAGGUCUUCUACUCUGAUACAGGGAGAACUUGUCUACUAGUAACAGAUCUCUGCAGUGGAGGCGAGCUCUUCAAAGCAGUCGACAAGAGAGCAAGACCGGGUGUAAGGCCGCCCUUCACGGAAUCGCGAUCCGCGGAGCUCCUGAGGCAGAUGCUCGGCGUCGUCCGCUACAUGCACUCCUGCGGCGUCUGCCACAGAGAUCUCAAAUUGGAAAAUUGGCUGUUUGAUUCGCCAGAUCCCGACACCGCCACUCUCAGAUUGGUGGACUUUGGCCUCGCGAGAGUGUUCGGUCCGCUACGACCCGAUCUCAGCAAGACGAGAAGCAAGACCAACUUUGAUGAAAGGGUAGGCUCAGCAUACUAUUGCGCGCCUGAGGUGCUCGAGGGCAUCUACGAUCGUAGAUGUGAUCUAUGGUCGCUGGGCGUCAUCGCCUACAUGCUCUUCUCGGGGACGCCGCCCUUCUGGGGCCGCUCUGAUAAAGAGAUCCUCAAGAGGUAUGUAUGCCUUGUGGUUAUGUCGAGGUUUACUUCGCGGCGAUGACGCGUCGAUGGCGUGGAGGUGUCGCCAGACGCCGUCGACGCGGCCGCGCGAGAGUCUCGGUCGCGCCCGCGACACCGCCGACGGCGAGUCUCAGAGUCAUCCCACGCAGGGUCCGAAGUACCGAGGUCAAGUUCCCUCCGGAAUUGUUCCGGUCGACGUCGUCCGAGGGUCUAUCACUCGUAAGAGGGUUGUUACAAAGAGAUGUGGAGCUACGACUCACGGCGGACCAAGCUCUAGAACACCCCUUCUUCUCGCUCUAUGCGACGCUCGUGAGAUCCGUUUCUGGAUUGGUGGAGGGUAUCCUUCCCGACCAAGAAGAGGAGCCGCCGCUCUUAGAUGCUUUGCGGUCCUUCGCGGCCUUGAACGCCUUCUCCAAGUUGGUCGUCGAGGUCGCGGCGGCUCACUUAGCUCCAGCUAGGUUAGUACAAUUACGACAAGAUUUCACCAAGGCAGACCUCGAUGGAGAUGGCGUCCUAUCCUUGGCGGAACUGCGUUCAUUCUUAGGCGACGCGAAGGUGGACGAGAGGGAACUGGAAGCAUUAUUCGCAGCCGCGGAUGUGGAUGCCACUCAGACAUUAUCUUUUCACGAGUUCGUCGCCGCCGCAUUGGUACGAAGAGUAGAAUUAGAUGACAAGAUGCUCCACGUGGCCUUCGAGGCCAUCGACUCCGAAGGAUUGGGGUACAUCACGCGGGAAGCUGUCGUCGCCACGAUGGGUCGCGACGCGAAGCGGUACGGUUCUACCGCGGAAGUCGACGCGGCGCUGGCCCACGCCGGCGUCGGCGGGCGCGUCGACUACAACGAGUUCCUGGACUACAUCCACGAGCAGCGGCUGUCCGGCAUCGGUUCCGUCUCCUCGGAGGAGACCAAGGACGAGCGGACGGGCUCCACGUCGCCCGAGAUCCCCUCUGUGAUUUAUAAGUUCUGAUCUGAAUGAA